CCACCCCCGGUGACCCGUCCGGCCUGAAGUUGACCCCAUCCGGCAACGAACCUGGGGAGUGGGGAGGAGCCUUCGGGGCAGGAUCCAGACAGUCCAUCCCUCGCCUGGCCCCCAGCUGGGGGAGUCCCGGGCGCGCGCCAGCUGCGUUCACGGUGGGUGCCUCACACCUGCCAGCGUCUUCUUCACCCCCAGCUGUGAGGCCGAGACUCCCCCAAUCCGGGAAGGCGCCCCACACCUGCUGCAGUCGUGCAUCUCCCUGCAGCUGCGGGCCUGCGCUCCCCCCGUGCUGAGAGAAAGGCCAGGCUCCAGCCAUACCUCAAUGGACUCCAGGGGCAUCUUGAAGGCAUUUCCCAAGCGGAAGAAAAUUCAUACCAAUCCAUCAUCAAAAGCACUUGCAAAGAUUCCCAAGAGGGAAGACGGAGAAGCAGCAGGAGAGUGGCUGAGCUCCGUGCGGGCGCAUGUUGUACCCACUGGCAUUGGGCGAGCCCGGGCAGAACUCUUUGAGAAGCAGAUUGUCCAGCAUGGUGGCCAGAUAUGCCCUGCCCAGGCCCCAGGGGUCACUCACAUCGUGGUGGAUGAAGGCAUGGACUGUGAGCGAGCCCUCCGCCUCCUUAGACUGCCCUGGCUGCCCCCAGGUGCUCAGCUGGUGAAGUCAGCCUGGCUGAGCUCGUGCCUACAGGAGAGAAGGCUCGUGGACACAGCAGGAUUCAGCAUCUUCAUCCCCAAGAGGUACCUGGAUCAAGCACAGCUCAGCAAAGCAGACCAAGGCUCUUCGACUCCUCCUGGAGCUAGUGAGGCUCAGCUCAGGACAGUCCUCUCUCCUUCCCCUCCUCGCACCAGACCUGUAUCUCCUCCCUGGAGGGCAGAGGAAGUCGCAAGCCUCCAAGCACAGCCCGGCUCUGGUGGUGAAACCAGUGAUGGGGAAGAGACCCAGGUUGGCGCAGCUGAUCUGGAAGCCCUGAUCAGCGGCCGCUACCCAACCCCCCUUGAGGGAGAUGGUGAGCCUAGCCCAGCCCCUGAGGGCCUGGAUAAGUGGGUCUGUGCACAGCCUUCGAGCCAGAAGGCGACCAACUACAACCGCCACAUCACAGAGAAGCUGGAAGUGCUGGCCAAAGCCUACAGUGUUCAGGGGGACAAGUGGAGAGCCCUGGGCUAUGCCAAGGCCAUUAAUGCCCUCAAGAGCUUCCACAAGCCUGUCACCUCCUACCAGGAGGCCUUCAGUAUCUCUGGAAUUGGAAAGCGGAUGGCUGAAAAGAUCGUAGAGAUCCUGGAGAGUGGGCAUCUGCGGAAGCUGGACCACAUCAGUGAAAGCGUGCCUGUCUUAGAGCUCUUCUCCAACAUCUGGGGAGCUGGAACCAAGACUGCCCAGAUGUGGUACCAUCAGGGUUUCCGGAGCCUAGAAGACAUCCGAAACCAGGCCUCUCUGACUACCCAGCAGGCCAUUGGCCUGAAGCAUUAUGAUGACUUCCUGGAUCGCAUGCCCAGGGAGGAGGCUGCAGAGAUUGAGCAGACAGUCCGGGAAGCAGCUCAGGCCUUCAACCCUGGGCUGUUGUGCCUGGCAUGUGGUUCAUACCGACGGGGGAAGGCAACCUGCGGUGAUGUGGAUGUGCUGGUCACCCACCCGGACGGCCGGUCUCACCAGGGCAUCUUCAGCCGCCUCCUGGACAGCCUCCGGCAGCGAGGGUUCCUGACGGAUGACUUGGUGAGCCAGGAGGAGAACGGCCAGCAGCAGAAGUACUUGGGUGUAUGCCAGCUCCCAGGGCCAGGGCGGCGGCACCGACGACUGGACAUCAUUGUGGUUCCCUACAGCGAGUUUGCCUGUGCCCUGCUCUACUUCACUGGCUCUGCCCACUUCAACCGCUCCAUGCGGGCUCUGGCCAAGACCAAGGGCAUGAGCUUGUCGGAGCAUGCGCUCAGCACAGCUGUGGUCCGGGACACCCAAGGCCUCAAGGUGGGGCUUGGCCAAAUACUGCCCACCCCCACUGAGAAGGAUGUCUUCAGGCUCUUAGGCCUGCCCUACCGAGAACCAGCUGAGCGGGACUGGUGACCCAUGACUGGGGGAGGGGGUGCCAAGCUGGACCAGCUGCCCCUCCUGGCCAUUCCUCCAGCCUCAGCUGGCUGAACCUGACUCACUGAUGGAAAAGGCCAGCCUGGCUCCCAGGGCUACCCAGCCCUCUCCCUGACAGGAACAGGGUGCUGCCCCUUCUACUCACCAUUGCCCCUGGGAGAGUUUUGCACAUGGCCCCCUGCCCCAUUUUAAGCAGGAACUGGUGCCUGGUUUGAGGCCAGCUUCCUGUGCUGAAGGCCCAGGCAUCCCCCUUCUCUACCCCAAGGAGGGUCUAGCAUGGGAUGGGGGCUGCAGGGGAGAGGUGCACAGCUGAGGCCCAACAUCACCCAAGACCCUUCAGAGCAGGAGAAUGAGCCACUCCACGCGUGCUCCCUCCGCCCACCCCACUUCCUGUGCAGCUGGCAGUGUAGGGAAGGGGCACCCCAGGCGCGAUGAGGAUAGCAUUGGAAGGCCCAGGGAUCCAGUAAAGUGCACUUGACAUUCAA